ACCUUGAUUCUAUCAAUGCCAGGUUGCAUAAAGUUGCAAUAAAUUUAAAAAAAGACUGCAAAACUGUGUAAAAUUUUCGUAACAGUUUAAUACUACCGGACUAUGGCUAAACUCAUCCGCUGUUAAACCACUGAACAUUGAAUCAAACGGUACAAGUUCAACUCAGGUGAAAAUAAGUCCAUUCCGUAUCGACUACUCCGAGCAGAAUCAUGAGAAAGCUGUGACGAUUUCAGAGAAACAGAGAAAACAGUGUCAGUGUGAUUUUCUUAAGUUUUUAGUGACAUUUUGCUGCAAUUAGUGGCCGAUCCAAGCUACCAUCGACUUCUUCACAAAUGACUGCGAUAGCUAAAUAGUUAAAUUUUUCUGUUAGAAAUAAUAUCCUUUGUGUUUUUUUAAAUUAGGAUCACUUAAAAGCAAUAAAAUGAAAACUGUGAUAAAACGACUGGUAUUCCUCACCACUCAAACCACUUGUUUCUUAGCGAUUGUUGCACACAGUAGCAAUAAUCAAGCCGACAGCUACAGUCAAGCUCAGUUAUCAUCAAAAAUCAACGUUGCUGAUGAUUCUGUAGUGUUUCCAGAUGACGCCAUCACUAGAACUAUACAGAAUACAACUCAGAUCAAAAGAAUAUCGACUUCAGAUCAAGGCGACUUGCCCAAUCAAUAUCAAGAGUCCCAACAGCGGCAUUAUUCGGAAUCUGACUUUGUUAAUGGUGGAAAUUUGAAUUUGGAUCCCCAGUUUAAAGAUGUAGAUAUUAAGCUUGAGCACAAAUAUCAUCACUUUGAUCAGAUGACUCAAUAUCUUCGACAAACUACUGCCCGAUAUCCGUCCCUCACUGCUUUAUAUUCUAUUGGGAAAUCAGUUAAAGGUCGUGAUUUAUGGGUAAUGGUCGUCUCAGCUUCACCUUAUGAGCACAUGAUUGGCAAACCAGAUGUAAAAUAUAUCGGAAAUAUUCAUGGAAAUGAGGCAGUUAGCCGAGAGAUUCUACUUCAGUUGAUCAACUAUUUAGUAACCAACUACAACACAGACCAGUACAUUAAAUGGUUAUUGGACAAUACUCGGAUUCACAUUAUGCCUUCGAUGAAUCCGGAUGGAUUCGAAGUUUCCAAAGAAGGGGCUUGUGAUGGGGCACAGGGAAGGUACAAUUCCCAAGGCUACGAUUUGAACAGAAAUUUCCCCGACUACUUCAAGCAGAACAACAAAAGACCCCAACCCGAAACAGAAGCAGUGAAGGAAUGGAUUAAGAAAAUCCAGUUUGUUCUUUCUGGAAGUUUGCAUGGUGGCGCUCUGGUAGCUAGUUAUCCGUUCGACAAUAGUCCUAAUUCACGAGUCUGUGCCUCAUCUGCUCUGUGCGCCAUGUUUACAACUUACUCUCAUACUCCAUCGCUGACUCCAGACGAUGAUGUGUUCAAGCAUUUGGCUCUCACAUAUUCGACGAGUCAUGCUAAAAUGAGUAAAGGAGUCUCAUGCCAAUCGUCACAGACUUCAUUCCGAAGGGGUAUCACAAAUGGAGCGGAAUGGUAUCCUCUUACUGGAGGAAUGCAGGACUACAAUUACGUAUGGUAUGGAUGCAUGGAAGUUACCUUAGAGGUUUCGUGUUGCAAAUAUCCCCCAGCUUAUGAAUUGCCAAAGUACUGGGAAGAUAACAAAAUGGCGUUGAUCAAAUUCAUUGCUGAAGCGCAUCGAGGUGUGCAUGGUUUCGUGUUUGAUGUAGCAGGAAAUCCUGUUGAAAAAGCAUCACUUAAAAUUAAAUCCCGCGAUGUCGGCUUCCAAACCACUAAGUUUGGGGAAUUUUGGAGAAUUCUUCUACCUGGCAUGUAUAAACUUGAGAUUUAUGCUGAUGGUUUUGUUCCAAGAGAAAUGGACUUCAUCGUCGUUGAUGAGCACCCGACGCUCCUUAACAUCACCUUACACGCAGCUAAGGUAUCUAAUCGGAAGGAAGGUUUUUACUAUCGACCACCCAACAGCGGGUUUAGCAGAGGGCCAUUUGUGCCACCCCAUCAACCAGUAGCUCAGGAGAGUGGAAUUUUUUCGUCGAUCACCAAUGGAUUAUCCAACGUAUUUAAUUACUUUGGAUGAAUUCGGAUAGAACCAUAUCCACUUUAAAUAGAUCGCAGUAUUAUUAUAGAAUCAAUUAAAACAGUUUUUUUGGUAGUUUUCUUACAUUUUUACAACAUUAAUUUACACACUUUUGUUUAUUGGUUGAAGUCUAAACUGUGAAAAGUCAUCCAGCAAAGCUUUUCUGUAAUAUUUUUUUAAACAUAUUAUGUGUUUUUUAAGUCUCUAGAUGUUUUGAAAAAGGCAUCUACUUUUUAUUAAGACUGCACUAGAAUUCUUCACAUAAUUCUAUAUACAUUUUAUUUUUAAGGGGCGAUGAGCUAAGAUUAAGUAGUACUUGUUAAAGAAAAUAGCUGCGAAAGGUAGACUGUGAAUUACUUUUAGAGUAGCAAACACAAGUUAUUACUGGUAAAAGUUAGCAAGGAACAGAUUUCAAACAAGUCGUGAUUAGAACAUUUUAAGUAAGUUUAGUGGAAUGAUUUUAGGAUCAUCUUCGCAGAUUUAAAACACAUAUUUAUUGUUAUUUAUUUUAAUAAACUUUGCUGCGUAGUA